UUUAUAAUGCUCAUUUCAUUUAUAAUUUCUCGUUGAUUAAUGUGACGUUCCUAAAAUGAACUAAAGAAAAGAACUUGUUGCAUGAUUACCAAUAGGAAAGUUGUUCACUUUCAUCUUGAUCUGUUUGUUUGAUCCAAUAUAUUUUGGAAUAGCAUAAUAUAUAUUUCAAUAGGUCCAUUCUUGGUACAUUUUGAAUGAUGAAUAAGAUUUAGAAUUCCACAGAUAAAUCAACAUGAAUUGUUAAUAACAGCCGCUUUAAUUCUCGGUUUACAUGUAUUAGCAUUGCAGGACAACCUUGUGCGAAUUCUAUACAAAGACAAAAAGAAGCUUCUUCGUUACUUUCCUGACAACGUCUCUAUAUAUAUGAGUGAAAAAUUCUCGACUGAGACGUAAAACGAUACACAAUCAACCAAUCAUCCUUGCAGUGGUUAUCUGUUGAUAAAGAAUAUUUUUUAAUGUAAUAUUAUUCAUUUAGGUCUUUCAAAAUGAAAAAAAAUCUUUUCAUGACGUUGACGUUAGUACUUUUAACAUUUGGGUUUUGGCUGACAGCACUAGUCACAGCAGGCUGGCGAAUCUCAUCAGAAAUGAAACCAUUUCCACCUGUUAGAAUCAUGGCGAUUGUGUGGAAAAAUUUAUCGACAGAACCGUAUUUCAUGAAUAACACCCUUUUAGAACAACUCAUCGAAGGCCGAGUAUUAAGAGCACAGGUCACCAAAUACAGUGAUAGCAUCUUUUAUAUGACGAAAUGUACAUACGAACGAAAAAAUGGAUAUCCUACAAAUAAAUGCUUCUCUAACACACGCUCUCGAGAUUCAACAAAUGGUGGUGCAACAGACCUGACUUGGACUGAGAUGCAGAUACAUUUUGCUGCGUUUGUAGUUGUUCUAGUUUUGUGCCUUAUAAGCUUUACUCUUCUUGUGAAGAAUUCUAAAUCCCCCCCUAAAGUUCUAGCUGGAGGAAUUGUCUUUUUCAUUGCAGUUGUCCUUGAACUCACUCUGGUUAUUCGGUGGAUUAUUCUUAACAUGACUACGAACAAGUAUUAUAAUUCCAUUGAGAAUUUGAAGUUUUGGACAGAAAGAAAAAUGUUUGUGAGCCUCAAAUUUCCGUACUCCAUCCUUCUAGCUGGUCAAGGCUUAAUUUUUAGCGCAAUGGUCUUGCCCUUUACAUUUUUGUUAUACAAGAAAUUACGCCAAAAUACAACAAGCAGUCUGAAUGAGGAAGAAAAUGAGACUCUCAACUAAUGACUGAUUGGACUGAUCAAACAGUUUCAUGUUCUUUCAUUAACAUUUCUAAAAUAAUCAAAAUGUAUGAUGAUUAUUAUUUCAAAUUGAUUAUUUCCUAGCCUAUCAUACAAUUGUGCAUUCAAACACUUCAUAUUUCUUAAUAAAUGUAUC